AACAAACCCCGGAAAAGGGAAGCGGAAGAUGGAGACGAAUGUUGGUCAGAGAGUUAGCCGAGGAAAGAGGAGCUAAAAGACUAAAACUAACUCAAUAAAACUAACUCAAUAAAGCUAACUAAAUCAAACUAACUCAAUCAAACUAAAACUGUGAAUUUUACUGAAAAUAGUCCAAGUUAAAGUAUAAACGAUGGCGCUUUUUAAAGUCAUUUGUCCCGUCGAGAGGAUGAAGAUGACGGUGAGUCAAAGUAUAAAUAUAUACAUAUAUAUAUAUGAGAGUGUGUGUUUAUAAAUGUAUAGAUGUUCAUAUGGAACAUAGAUGUAUAUAUGAAUAACCUGACAGAGAGAGAAAAAGAGUUAGUGAUGAUAAAUAAAAGAUUUCAGACAAAAAAACAACAACUUUAAAGGUUCAUGUCAGGUAAAGUUACUUUAUGAUCAAUAAAGUAAUAAAAGGUUAUCAAUGAUUUAGUUUGAAACAGGUGUGGACUGUUUUCUCACACAGAGCUGAAAUUAUCCUUAAUAAUGAACUUUGAGUUUAAAGUUAGAAUUCAGAUUCAUGAUUUUGUUUUUUUAAUGAUUUUGUUUCUUUAAUGAUUUUGUUUUUUUAAUGUUUUUGUUUCUUUAAUAUUUUUGUUUCUUUCUUUUUUUUUUUGUCCUUUUCUGUGUUUUUAUGAAGUGAAAUGAUCCGGAUCAGAGAAAUAUGAGCUGAAGGACUCCUGAGGACCAUGGCCAGAAUCGCCUGGUACCAAGAGAAGGUGAGAUCAGAACCAGAACCAGAACCUGGACCUGGAGGUCAGGAAGACUAGACCUUUAGAAAGUCUAGACUGAAUAUCCAUUAAAAAAUAUAUAUUGUUAUUAUUAUUAUUAUUAUUAUUAUUAUUAUUCCUUAGUGUUGCAGCUGUUCUUGAUAACUUCCUUUUUUUUAAAAUAAUAAUAUAAUAAAUUUUAUCUUUAACACACUUUUACAGGAGCUCAAAGAGGCCUAAAAAAACGGUUUAAAAUAAUUUCUCCUUUGGUUUCUCUGUCUGUAGUCGGACGUCUGAAGAGAGACAGACAGUUUUGGAAGAUAUGAAAAAAAAGGUCAAAUGUUCGUAUUCUAGUCUUACAGUUGUCUUUUUUCUGAUUGUGUUCACACCGCUCAGUCAAAUAUUUCAGUGCUGUCUCCUUACACAUACAGCAGAUCUGGACUUGAGGUUACAUGAGUGACCCCGUUAACAAAGACUAUCAGGAGAAAAACUCCAGACCAUCUGACCUCCUGAAAAUAAAAAGAUGUCCUUCAUGGUUCAGACUCUGACAGAAGUUUGUUUGUUCUUCUUCUCGUCCUCGUUCCUCGCUCUUUUAAAGUCAAACAUGAGAAUAAAGUCUCUGUUUUGAGUAUUUACAGCUUUCUUCUUUUCCCCCUCGGUGGGCGCAGAUGUUACAGACACGCAGCUCCAUAAAUUGAUGGAAACACACCGAUCAGCUCUGCCUCUCUCUUCCCUACAUGAGCAGAAAAAAGGAUUUUAUUCUGAUAUCUAAAAUUCUCUACAAGCCCAAACAAAAUUCAACAAUACUGUGUUUAUUCCCUUGUCACUGAAGUAAAUGAAUUGACUCUGCUAAACUGGAUUCCUGAUGAAAUCAAACUGAUUAGUUAAAGUUGUGAUUUGUUUUGACAGAUUGGAGCCUAUGAUCAACAAGUCUGGGAGAAAUCCCUGGAGCAGGCCGAUCUAAAUGUAAGACCCCGUAAAUCUCUGUAAGGAGGUGAAAAUGUUUGAUUUCUGUUGAAACGCAGAAUAACAAAAAUCUCUUUGCUUUAGGGUUUGGACAGCAAACCUAGAAAGACAGGACACAUCAAACCAGACCUCAUCGAUGUGGAUUUAGUCCGAGGUGAGCCGCACUUCUCCAUCUGAAGACAUUUUUAACACCUUCACCUGCCUGAGCUCUGUUUUAUUUCUUCACUGUUCAUAUGGAUCAGAAUAAAGUGAUGACUCCUCCUCCCUUCAGGAUCAACAUUCAGUAAAGCCAAACCGGAGAGUCCGUGGACGGCUCUGACUCGUAAAGGUUUGGUGAGAGUCCUGCUCUUCCCCUUUUUCUUCCAGUGGUGGAUCCAGGUGACCUCCACGUCCGUCUCCUCAUGUAUCCUGCUGCUGUACUUCAUGCAAGGUCAGCUCACCUGUGUUUACACUGAGACCAUCAGUGAGGGACCUGACUCUGUAAACAGAUGAUAACACGCUGUCUUUGCAUUAAUUCUGGGUGUUUUUAUCAAACAUGAACCUUUAAAUAAAUUCUUCUGCUGUCUGUUUCCAAAACACGUCCGUCUGUAAUCUGAGAUUUCUAACACAGAACUUUUACUUGAACAGAUAGUUUUAUAACUGCAGGUACUGAUGAUCCACUUUUAAAGCCAUUAUUAGUCAACACUGAUAUCAUGCAGAGAAUAUCGAACAUCCCAUUCUGUUCUAACAUUAGCAGUCAUGCAGAGAGAUGCUGAGAUCCACUCCAUCUUCUCUCUCUUUGUUGGUGUUCAAGCGUCUCGAGUCAGAGGAACCCGAGUUCAGUCGAACCUCGUUGUUGUUUUUUUAAUUAUUAUUUUUAUUGUUUUUAGAAAUGUCCAUUAGGGGGUGAAAAACUGAACCUGCUCUGACUGUUGCUGUUUACAGAUCCAACAUAUGAUGGUGGAGUUAGGGGGAGAGAAGACACUCGGAUGAUGAUGAAGAUGAUGUAUAAUAACAGCAGAUUUAUACAUCAGCAGCUUUAUAUUAUGUGCUGAUAUCAGACAUUUCUAUUGUAACAUGUGAUCAUGGAGACACUCUGAGAUCCUCACCAAAGAGAAACUAACCCAACGACGUGACGUUUGAAAUAUUGAUGGUUAUUCAAACGUGAGCGGGAGGAUCAUCUUCCCUCUCUGAACGCUCUGACUCCUGUUGGAGAGACUUUUCUGUCAGCAGUCACACUGUGAGAGUCUUUCUGCUGUUAGAGACAGGAACUAAAGACUCUGACCUUCUUUAACAACAUCAUCAGAUCUGAGCUGUGUGAGUUUUUGUGUUUGUGUUCUUCACAGUCGACUCUCAGCUCCGUGCAGAGUUAAACUCGUCACCGCCUCGUCUCCUAACACUGAGCUCAUUAGUUCACAUGAAUUCUGCUUUAAUGGCUCCUCAGAGAGACGCUGUCGUUCACUGUGUUCAAACCUUUGUCUCCCCUCAGUGGCCGCGGUGGCGCUCUACCUUGAGAUUCCCGGGGCGAGUGCCAACGAGGUCUUUGGACCCAUGUGUCUGAUGCUGCUGCUGGGCACCGUGCACUGCCAGAUCGUGUCCACCGAGUCCAGCCGCUGGCCCUCAGGCAGUCCAGCUGCCAGCUGCACCACCAGCCCGGCACGGAGGAGGAGGUGGGUCUCUGCACACUGACCAACACACCUCCACCUCCAAGACCAACACUGACGGUUACACCAACACUGACCAACACACCUCCACCUCCAAGACGAACACUGACGGUUACACCAACACUGACCAACACACCUCCACCUCCAAGAGCAGCAGCAGAGACCAACACUGACCAACACACCUCCACCUCCAAGAGCAACACUGACGGUUACACAGAGAGACGAACACUGACAGUCACAGACAGACCAACACUGACCAACACACCUCCACCUCCAAGAGCAGCAGCAGAGCAGACACUGACGAACACUGACAGACGAACACAGACAGACGAACACAGACGGUCACAGACAGACCAACACUGACAGACAAACACUAACAGACGAACACUGACGGUCACAGACAGACCAACACUGACGGUCACAGACAGACCAACACUGAUGAACUCUGACGGUCACAGACAGACGGACACAGACGGUCACAGACAGACGAACACAGACAGACCAACACUGACAGACGAACACUAACAGACCAACACUGACGAACUCUGACGGUCACAGACAGACGGACACAGACGGUCACAGACAGACAAACACAGACAGACCAACACUAACAGACGAACACUGACAGUCACAGACAGACGAACACAGACAGACCAACACUGAUGAACUCUGACGGUCACAGACAGACAAACACAGACAGACCAACACUGACAGACGAACACUAACAGACCAACACUGACGGUCACAGACAGACGGUCACAGACAGACGGUCACAGACAGACGAACACAGACGGUCACAGACAGACAAACACAGACGGUCACAGACAGACGAACACAGACGGUCACAGACAGACGAACACAGACAGACAAACUCUGACGGUCACAGACAGACAAACACAGACAGACGAACACAGAGACGGUCACAGACAGAAGAACACAGACGAACACAGACGGUCACAGACAGACAAACACAGACAGACGAACACCGACAGACAAACACAGACGGUCACAGACAGUUGAACACUGACGGUCACAGAUAGACGAACACAGACAGACGAACACCGACAGACAAACACAGACGGUCACAGACAGACAAACACAGACAGACGAACACCGACAGACAAACACAGACGGUCACAGACAGUUGAACACUGACGGUCACAGAUAGACGAACACAGAUUGUCACAGACAGACGAACACAGACAGACGAACACUGACAGUCACAGACAGACCAACACUGAUGAACACAGAUGAUGGAUCACAGACAGACGAACACAGACGGUCACAGACAGACGAACACAGACGGUCACAGACAGGUGAACCCCGUAUGAAUGUGAAGGUUUUCUGUCCUAGUCUCGGUUCUGUAGUUUCGUCUUUCUUUGAGACUCUUCUUCAGACCCAGGAAAGGCAGAGGGCUGAAAAAACCUGAGGAGAAGAACGACAGCGAGGACACGGAGCAGCAGGAGGCGUGGCCGUUUGGAGGGGGUCAGCGAUCGUACAGCGACGAAGAGAGGAGGGUGAGUUCUACGCCUGAGCCGCCAAACUCCAAAACUAUCCAAUAAAUGAUGAAGAUUUCUGAUGAAGAGUAAAGACGUGCACGUGGAUUCACCAGUUUCAUGUUGAGUAAGAUAAUGUUCAGUAACUUCAGUGUCUCCAUGAGGAACUUUGUCAUGGACUCUGUCUCUGUUCAACUUGGACAUAAAACCUCCAUAAAACUCUGCUGAACACCAGUGAUGCACCUUCAGAUACAGCUGUGGAUGUUUCAUAAAACUGUCUCCUCAGAUAAAGUUUGAUCUGAGUCCGAUCACAUCCGUGCGUCUCCAAAUUCUCCCACAGAGCAAAAGAAAGUCCGGGUUCGGGGCGUCUGACGAGCUCUCCAGUGAGGAAGAGGAGGGGAUCCAAACAGUCAGAGACCGGUCUCCAGGAUCUCGUUCAGAGGGGUGUCCUGCUACGACCUGGCCCACGUCUGCACACCUGUCCACCGUUUGGAAGAAAAACCAGAAGAAGUUUAACCUCAAAGCUCCAACCAGAGCUCAGGUAGACUCUGCUCUCUCCUCCUGAGGACCUGCUGAAGGUCUUUAGAUGUUCAGAGUUUAAGACGUAACAAAGCCGGACUGAGACAUGGUCAGGUUUAACAAAGCCGGACUGAGACAUGUUCAGGUUUAACAAAGCUGGACUGAGACAUGGUCAGGUUUAACAAAGCCGGACUGAGACAUGGUCAGGUUUAACAAAGCUGGACUUUCACAUGUUCAGGUUUAACAAAGCCGGACUGAAACAUGUUCAGGUUUAACAAAGCUGGACUGAAACAUGGUCAGGUUUAACAAAGCUGGACUGAGACAUGUUCAGGUUUAACAAAGCCGGACUGAAACUUGUUCAGGUUUAACAAAGCCGGACUGAGACAUGUUCAGGUUUAACAAAGCCGGACUUUCACAUGGUCAGGUUUAACAAAGCCGGACUGAGACAUGGUCAGGUUUAACAAACACGACUGUUUUGACUUUGAUAACAGGAAGGAAGUUCAUCUUUCGUUAAGGUGAAACCCCGAGAAGUGGAGCGCCUCAGGCCCAGCGUGGGCUCCCGACCCGCCUCUGAUACUGAUGACACCAUGUGGGAGGAGCUUCUCCAAGAUCCUGACUCCGCCUCCAGCGGGAGCAGUGACAGCGAAGCCAACGGGAGGUACAACGCCGGCAUGUCGAUUCCUGCAAACACGACCAUGAGCAGCGAUGAUGAGAGUCUGCAGGCGGGAUUCAACGGGGUAAGAGGAUCCAGAGGGUCCAUCUGUGUUCAUGUAGACCUGAGACCUUAGACUUCAGAUGUUAGACUUUAGAACUUAGACCUUAGAACCUGGACCUCAUCAUGUUUCCUCCUGGGUCACUAGUAGACCCCGGAGCCUGAAACUGUUUGCUGUAGGUCAGAUAUGAAAUGAGGACCAGGAAAGUUGAAGCUUUGAGGGUUCAGCAUCAGGAGAACUUGAAGAAAAUCUUCUCCCCUCAAACUUGUAGAUUCCAGCAGCUGCAGGACAGGCUCUGAUCUCCUGAUGUGUCUAAGAUUACUGACAGAAACAUCACAUGUAAUGAUUUUGGAGUUUCAGAAAAGAUUGUGAUUAAAGUUGCAGAUCUGAUAAAGUGAGACCCGUCCCCACAAACAGACUCUGAAGUGGACCCUUAGAAAAACGAGACGACAGAAAUCUGACUGUUUACCAAACCUAAUUUAGUCCAUAUGAGGUGUACUUUCUUGAGUCUGCUCUGGUUUAUCCUCUGGAGACCUUCACUGAACUGAGUCUGUUAAAUUUCAGAGCCAGCUGUCAUGGCUGCAGGCGUGUCACCCAUCCAAGGACCGGGUCAGCGCCAUCAUCUGGGAGCAGGGCGAGUGUAAGAAGGCCGAGAUGUCGGUUCUGGAGAUCAGCGGGAUCAUCCUCACAAGGGUACAUGUUUUCUCUUUUCCUUCUUCUUCUUCUUCUUCUUAUUAUUAUUAUUCUUUUUAUUCUUAUCAUGAUUAAGUUAUAAAGUCACCAAGGUUAAUGUUUCCUCAUUUAAAACGAGGGUAUGUUGAUAAAUAAGGUAAUUAUGGCUGUUUGUGGUCAGACUUCAAAGAAGAGAGAAAGAAAUUAAAGUGUUUUAUUUUUUUAAACAUCUUCAUUUUCCUGCUUUUGUCCUCCGUCUGUCAGAUCCCUGUCACAAACACUCUGGGCGUUCAUUUUAAACUCAUAAAACAAGAGAAAAGGAGAGGUGUUGUUACAGCUGUUGUUACAGCUGUUGUUACAUGUGUUGUUAGGUGUUGUUACACGUGUUGUUACAGGUGUUGUUACAGGUGUUGUUACAGGUGUUGUUACAGGUGUUGUUACACGUGUUGUUACGGGUGUUAUCAGGUGUUGUUACAGGUGUUUUCAGGUGUUGUUACAGGUGUUGUUACAGGUGUUUUCAGGUGUUGUUACAGGUGUUGUUACAGGUGUUGUUACAGGUGUUGUCAGGUGUUGUUACAGGUGUUGUUACAGGUGUUGUUACAGGUGUUGUUACACGUGUUGUUAGGUGUUGUUACAGGUGUUGUUAGGUGUUGUUACAGGUGUUGUUACAGGUGUUGUUACAGCUGUUGUCAGGUGUUAUCAGGUGUUGUCAGGUGUUGUUACAGGUGUUGUUAAAGGUGUUGUUACAGGUGUUGUCAGGUGUUGUUACAGGUGUUAUUACAGGUGUUGUUAGUGGUGUUGUUACAGGUGUUGUUACAGGUGUUGUUACAGGUGUUGUCAGGUGUUGUUACAGGUUGUUGUUACAGGUGUUGUUACACGUGUUGUUAGGUGUUGUCAGGUGUUGUUACAGGUUGUUGUUACAGGUGUUGUUACACGUGUUGUUACAGGUGUUAUCAGGUGUUGUUACAGGUGUUGUUACAGGUGUUGUUAGUGGUGUUGUUACAGGUGUUGUUACACGUGUUGUUAAAAAAUAUUAAUAGACUAAAACAAAACAGAUAAUGUGUAAACGUUGACUUUGUGUUGGAGUUUUUCUUCUCACUUUUAUCAACAUGAAAAUCUUAAAUCGACCCUUUUCUCGUUUCUCAGGUGAAGCAGGUGGAGCAGGGUGUCGGGUACCUCAUAUUCGGGGGGUUGAUGACCGCCACCCUGGCUCUGCUCCCCUUCGCCUUCCGCCUGUCUCAGCGUCUGGAUGUUUCCACUCUGGGCUCCCUGUGUCCCCUGGAGCUGGUGGAAAUGGUGAUGGGGCCGCCCGAUACACGGGUCUACGUCUUCUUCUUCAUCACGACGGUGCAGAGAGUGUGCCUGACGGGACUCUUCUUCUUCAUGAUGUGUGUGGCUGAGCGGACGUACAAACAGGUGAGCUCUGGCUUUGAGAUGUUUGAAGAAAUGAGUUCUUUCAUUUCCAGAUUUCCUGAAGAAACUCUGUAAACUAAGUGGGUUAGAGGAGGACAACCCCUUUGGCUCUUUGCAGGACUUUAAAAUCUUUAAUUAUCUGUUUUUUUCCUUCAACAGAGGCUCUUAUUUGCCAAAUACUUCAGCCACCUCACCUCGGCUCGCAAAGCCAAGAAAUCUGAGGUCCCUCAUUUCAGGCUGAAGAAAGUCCAGAACAUAAAGAUGUGGUUGUCUCUGCGCUCUUUCCUCAGGGUUUGUAUCCCCCUCUGUUUUCUCAUUGAUGGACAUGGUUUCACCACUAGAGGGCAGCAUUGGUCUUAUGAGACAUUAUUGAUCUGUUUGUUCACUGCAGAGACGAGGCCCGCAGCGCUCCGUCGAUGUCAUCGUCUCCACCAUCUUCCUCCUCGCUCUGUCCAUUUCAGUCAUCAUCUGCGCUCAGGUCAGUCAAAUAUCAGCUGACAAACCCGGAUCUGAUGGUCCUGCGAGAGAGACCCUCCCGUGGUCUUCUCUGAGACGACAGAAGGUCAUGUGUUCAGCCGGAGUGAGGGCUGAUGGGAGAUUUGGACGAGUCAGAGAGUCAUCACAACAUGAUGACAGCUGUUUAAAGGUUUUCUCGAGCCAGAAUGAAGCCAGUGGGCGUGGCCUCAGUCUCAGUUUUUGAAAGAAGGAAAUAACUGAACGGAGAAUCAAACCUCUCAGAUCCUCAUGAAAACUCGAUAGUUUUUCUGACGCGGUUCAGAGACGGGAUAGUUCUGGGUCGGCCGUCCCUCUGGAAACGCCCCCGUCUGUCAUAGCCUUUUGUUUUUUCUGUAACCAUGGUGAUUUCUUGUCUGACGCUGUUUUUAGUCUCUCAGAUGUAAACAAAGCGGUUUGGAGCGUGUCGUUCUCUGUCUGACCCCCCCCCCCUGUAACAGCUGUUUCAGGGACUAAAAAUAACCUGGAGUCCACAAACUUCCUCCCUGGGGGGUCGUGUUGACUCCUCCAGGUCAUACAAAGACAUCACAGCCCCCCCCCCCCCCAAAAAAACACCAAUAAACCCACCGUGUUAAAAAAAACCUGUUUGAUUUUGAUGUUUUUUGUUUUUGCCCCGCCCCCCCAGCUUCUGCACAGCCACCAAACGUUCCUGGAGUCUCUGACAAACUGGGAGAUGAUGGUGUGGGCGUCGUCUCUCAUCCUGUUUCUGCUGCGGCUCGCCACGCUCGGCUCGGAGACAAACUGCAAAUACAGCAACAACUCAGUGCUGCUAACCGAACAGGUGAGAAAACACACCUGAUUUAGAGGGGGCGGGGUUAAAGAGUUUACUCAGAGACGGUUUGAUUCUGUUCACAGAUUAAUCUGUACCUGAAGAUGGAGAAAAAGCCCAACAAAAAAGAGGAACUCAACAUCGUCAACAACGUCCUGAAACUCGCCACAAAGCUGAUGAAGGUACGAGAGGAUUCCUCACUCACCACUUCAUGUGAAUUUUCUGAAACUGUAAUUCCAGUUCGAUCGUCGGCUCGGACGUCUUCAGUCACUGACUCAGUCUGUUAUCAUCUAAAUCAGGUAUUUCAGUUUUCUUCUCAUCCUCCUCUCCAUAUGAAGCAGAGAGGUUAAAGGUCAUGAAAGGUCAUUAGAGGUCAUUAAAGGUCAUUAGAGGUCCGGGGAACAGCGCUCAGGAUGUUUAGUACAAGUUUUCAUCAGAGAGGGCGCCCCUGAGCACAGCGUUAGGUUUCAGGUUUUUCACAUUCUGAAUACAAACCAAGAACGAAUCCCAUUUUCUCAGCAGGUAGGAAAUGGUCAAAGUGGGCGGAGUUUGCUGUACCUGAGUGCUAAUCUAACCUGUGGAGCUUAAGUUCAUGAGAGCGACGCCCUGAAACUGAAGUAACAGGUGUUUGUAACCCUGAGUGUGAACUUCAGUGUUUCCGUCUGCAGACAUGAAGUUUAAGAGUCUCUGAUGAAACCUCUGCUCGUGUUUUUAUACUGUUUCAUUACUAUAAUAUAAUAUAAUAUAUUCUAUAAUAUAAUAUAAUAUAUAAUAUAAUAUAAUAUAUUCUAUAAUAUAAUAUAAUAACUUUAUAAAGAGGUUUUUCUCUCGAAGAGUCUCUGAUGAAACCUCUGCUCAUGUUUUUUUAUAGAGCUGUUCUUUCGUUUCUAUAAUAUAAUAAUAACUUCAUAAGGAGGUUUUUCUCUCUAAGAGUCUCUGAUUAAACCUGUGAUCGUGUUUUUAUAGUUUCAUUAAUAUAAUAUAAUAUAAUCUAUAAUAUAAUAUAAUCUAUAAUAUAUUCUAUAAUAAUAACUUUAUAAAGAGGUUUUUCUCUCUAAGAGUCUCUGAUGAAACCUCUGCUCGUGUUUUUUUAUAGAGCUGUUCUUUCGUUUCUAUAAUAUAAUAAUAACUUCAUAAGGAGGUUUUUCUCGGACUCCUUUGUUACCUGAAGAUUUGAGUUUCCAUGUUCACUUUUAAACCCCGCCCCCCUCAGGAGUUGGACACUCCCUUCAGACUGCUGGGCCUGACGGUCAACCCUCUGAUCUACAACAUCACCAGAGUGGUCAUCCUGUCCGCCGUGUCCGCCGUGGUCAGCGAUCUGUUCGGCUUCAACAUCAGGGUGAGUUUCUGUUUGUGUGUUUCAGUCGUAUGAAGCACCGUGAACGUCCUCAGACAAUCCUUUUUCAGUUUCUAAUCACACUUUUACUUUUUUACUCUCCAGCUGUGGAAAAUCAAGCCUUAAUGUGAACCAACCAACCAACCAACCACUACCAGUCAGUCUGACACUGGAGACGUGGAGCCGCCUGUCCGUCACAGAGAGCCUCAGUCUGUGUGAAAACAAACAAAAGUGCAAACCUACUGACCUGAGUGUGAUUGUUGUCUGUGCCUCCAGCUGAAGCGUCGGCCUCUUAGGUUUCAUCGAACAUUUAAAAGUCUGAAAUGCUCUGACAAUCGCUCGUAAGGAUUUACAGGCUGGCUCGGCGCCCGACCUUUGACCCCUGAAUGUUCCUCAGUCUGUUGUUAAAUAUAGCGGUGAGUGGCGGUCUGAGAUCAUUUCAGGCUCCUGCAGAUUCCCCGAUGAUGAUGAUGAUGACGAUGAUGAUGAUGAUGUUCUGUACAAACGUGUAAAAGGUUCAAAUGUCGAUGGUUAUUUCUCGUGUUUUCCAUCAUUUACUGUAAAACAAGCAAAAACCAUCAGCUGACUGAAGCGGGUGAAUCAGAGCGGGGCGAGCAGCUGUAAUGACGUUUCUUUAGUGUCAAACUUUUCUACCAUAUACAGAGGAAAUAUUGUAAGUGGGCUUUAUUUAUUUUGGGGUUUUGUUUUUAGCGCUUAAACUUGCAAAGGUACCUGAACGUCGUUUUGACCACUAUCUGCCUUUUGUAUUGAGGACCAUUGUUGAAGAACUAUGCAAGGUGGGUUUGGAUAAAUGAAUAAAAACGCUUUUAUCCAUGAGUUUGUUAUCGUC